ACGUUCUACACUGUCGGUUUUCCCCGGUAAAGAUUCGAUACGACAACAUUCCUCUAGUUCGAUCUUGACGAUCUUGACCGUCAUAGUGGUCAUAGUCUUCGUGAACAGUGAUCGUUGACAUCGUUGAUGCCUGUCGGAGAUCGAUUGAUCCCACAAACGCGGGAAACUUUUGGAAGAGAAUGUUAAUGAACAUGGAAGAUCUUGUUGGCUGCUAUCCUAGGCAUGCUUCGUGAUGCGACGUUCAACAGCACCUUCGCUUCGUCAGGGCGCAAAAUUCGUCUCUCCAAGUUCAGAAAGGGAGCCAGAUCAUUUUCAUCUGGCACAAAUAAGUUCAAGGGCAACACACAGUGCUGCCCCAUUUCCAAAUGCCGUUCGGAGCACAGCAAACAUUCUUGAUCUCCUGAGCGGCAGCAGAACAGCAAGUCCUGGUGAUGGUUCUCUUAAUGAUGAUUAUGCAGGAGAUAUGAUUUCAGUAUCUUCCAUCAGUACAGCAUGUGCUAUGUCACGGGAAGCUAAAGCAAGUUCAGUGCAUGUUCUUAAAGCUGAAAAUGUUGAUAGAAAUCAAAUUAUUUCUCAGCGUUACAAAGGCAAGAGGCUAUUUAAUGUAGUGUGGGGCAAGCAGUCAAAAAGGAAACAUAAAACAUGGGAAGGAGAUGGUAUCCUUGAAAUUGGUGAAAAGGCUGUUGUUCUGAAGGACACAGAUGGGAAGAUAAUAGGUCAGUGUUCUGGAAUGAAAACAGCAACACUUGAAGAAGGUAGCAGGUUGUUUGUUGGCAGCAAAGAAGUUGAGAUUAUUGAUGUAGCAGAUUCAAGUGAUGCUCAUGAUGCACAGAGUGAUAACUGUGCCAACAUUGGCAGCAAAAGAUUGCCAGACUCCACAGCUAAUGCUUCAAUUCCAGUGUUGAAGAAACCAAGGAAGACUUCAUCACAACCAGCCCUGUUCUCUGUUCAGAAACGCAAAGGUCCAGAGAAGCCUUUAAUCAUGCCUCCACCCACACAUGAACAUCAGUGGAAGUACAAUCCUGCUCAUCUCCCUGUGGUUGAUGUGAAUGUGGACAAUUGCAUCGCUCGUGUACUGCGUCCACAUCAGAGACUGGGCAUUGUGUUCAUGUAUGAAUGCAUAUUGGGCAUGAGGAAAUCAGAAAAUUAUGGUGCCAUCUUGGCUGAUGAGAUGGGUCUUGGAAAGACUCUGCAAUGCAUUGCUGUAGUGUGGAUGUUACUGAAACAAGGUCCAUAUGGUGGCCAGCCAGUACUGCAUCGGAUUCUUAUAGUGACACCCAGCAGCCUUGUGGAAAACUGGCAGAAUGAAUUUCUUCGUUGGCUUGGCCAAGAACGUGUACAGACAUUUGUAGUCGAUCAGAAAAACAGACCAAGCGAUUACAAACAUUUGCCUCAAAUACCAAUUAUGUUAAUUUCAUAUGAAAUGUUUGUUCGUUAUUAUGAUGACAUCUCUCAGAUUCAUUUUGAUCUCCUCAUCUGUGAUGAAGGUCACAGGCUGAAGAACACCACAAUCAGAACCUAUGCAUUACUAUAUCAGUUGGAUUGCAAACGAAGAAUUCUUCUGACAGGAACCCCUAUACAGAAUGAUCUACAAGAAUUCUAUGCCCUUGUCAACUUCACAAAUCCUGGUGUGCUUGGUUCAAACACAGAAUUUCGAAAAUAUUUUGAAGAACCUAUACUGGCAUCGAGACAGCCAUCUGCUGAUAAAGAUGUAAUAAAUCUGGGUGAACAGAGAGCAACGGAACUCAACCACUGCACCAGUUGGUUCAUCCUGCGGCGCACUCAAGAAAUAAUUGAUAAAUAUUUGCCUACCAGACAUGAAAUGGUUGUCUUCUGUCACAGCACACCACUCCAGCAAGCAAUGUACAAAGCAGCAGUUGACUAUUGGGAGAGUCGAGGCUGUGAGUCAGGGCCAGAGGAAGUAGCUCACCUUGGAGUAAUCACUGCGCUCAAAAAAAUCUGCAAUCAUCCAUCAUUGGUUAAACCUCGUCGGUCACAGCAAUUGCCAGGAGAGGAGGACAUUAGUUACCACCUGGUGCAGAAUUAUCCAGUACAAAAUGAUGCCAUCUUGCCACAACAAUCGGGAAAGCUAGAUGUGGUGAUGUGUUUACUUCAAGAACUGAAUCAUACAAAGAAGAAAGUGGUACUUGUCUCCUACUAUACACAGACUCUGGACAUGCUAGCAAACAUGUGUGAACAAAAGCAAUAUAAGUUCUGCCGGUUGGAUGGCUCAACCCCAAGCACACAGCGUAUGCAGAUUGUCAGGAUGUUCAACAGACAGCAUUCAGAUCAUUUUGUAUUCCUGUUGAGUGCAAGAGCUGGCGGUGUUGGGCUGAAUCUGACAGGUGCUUCUCAUUUGGUCCUGUAUGAUUCAGACUGGAAUCCAGCCACAGACUUGCAGGCUAUGUCUCGCAUAUGGAGAGAUGGUCAGAUAAGAUCUGUAUAUAUUUACAGACUUCUGACAGCAGGUUCUAUUGAGGAGAAGAUUUUCCAACGACAGAUCAGCAAAACAGGCCUAAGUGGGGCAGUAGUGGACCCCCAGAACCAGAGUAAAAUCCGACUCUCAAAUGAAGAACUCAAGGAUCUGUUUACCUUUCACCAUGACAGUGCCUGCAUUACACAUGAAAUGUUGGACUGUCAGUGCGCUGGGGUCGGAUUGAUUCCUCAUGAAAACCUGCAACUGAAAGGGAAGCAGACCGUUAAUGAGUAUGGGGGGGAUGAGCUAUCAAGCCAGCGUGACUGCCAACUGCAAGUUGCUCAGCAAGCAGCUUCCAACCUGUGUGUCCGCAUGAAUCAGCUCUUUCGCUGGCAACAUUACUCACAGCCUAUCAAGGCUACAGUAUUGCAGGAACUGGGUCUGGGUGCUGCAUCACAUAAUGUCACAUUCAUAUUCCGAAAUUCAACAAGUCAAUCACAAGCAACACAGCUGUGACAGAACUUUGGCAUCAGACUCCAGCAGCCAAAUCAGAAGUUCCAUAGAAAAGUAUCUGAUUUCAAUUGGCGAUUGUUGGCAAAGCUCUGCAUUAUGUACGUGUACAGUUUUUAGUCACUUGGAAGAUUUAUCAGUUAAUUUUAAUUAUGCUGCUGUUUACCUGUAUGUUACUUAUACAUUAUAGAAUAUGAACAUAAUACUGCUAGACUUCAGCAGUUUACUUGAGACUAUGAAAAGUUUUUGGUUCUUGAUUUAUUUAACAAAGCUUUUCUCAACUGUAUACAUCAGGCAUGCAGGAUGGCGAAUGAAUAUGAGAGACGCAGAAAUGGUCAUGGCCAUUUUAAGGUACUUUCUGGGGGUAUUGAGGGUAACCAUAAAGAAUCUGCCUGAACAACCAACCACCAGGCAGGGAUUUAAAAAACUGGCACCUCCAAAAUACUAACUAGGAGUGCUAACCACUUACUGUGACAGUUGGUAGUCUUGACAGUUAAAAAAAAUAAGAAUGCUCAUAAUCCAUCUUUUGUGUAUUAAAAACUUAUGAAACAGUAUAGCCUGAAAGUUUUACAUUUUCAUAUGGAAGCCCACCACUUCAGUUCAUCUUCUGUUUUCAAAACCUAUUCCUAAGAUCCAAGUUUUAUUCUCUCAUUGCGUUUUAGUCUACCAAAUGGUGACUCUCCUAGAGAAUUCCCCUUCCAAAACCUGUGUAUUCCUUGUCUCCACAAUCCCACUUAUACACCACUUAGCUUUCAUAGCCUUACCAAUACUAGGUUAUAUGUAGUAUAACUCAUGAAGUUCCUUGUUACAUAAUAUCCUAAGUCUUCCACUUCAUCUCUGGGAUUAAAAUGUUUUCUCAAGCACACUGUUUAAAUCAGUAUGUUAAGACAAAUAAAGAAGACAGUAAUAAUGACGAAAACAUAUUAUAAUACCUUCAGAGUCUUGUGUGACCUCUCCUAUUGUCUCUUGACAGUUUAAACGGUCACUAACAGCUUUCCGGUAAUGGAUGUUGUAAGUUGCCAAUAAAAUGUACAAUUAAAGAGAAGGUUUUUAACAAUAUCCUCAGCAUAGAAAGGGUUAGAAAUAAUGGCUUUAUAGACAUGAAAUAUUUAUUUCAUAUACAUAAACAAGAGGUAUUAUUUGAAGCAUUCCUUAUUAUUACACACUAUGUUUCCUCAUUUGCAUCUGGACCCAAGAAGUAGGUGCCAGAUUGCAAAAAGAAAUUUCACUUCCUCAGAAUCUCAAAUUACUGUUGUUGGCUCAGAAUCAUAAGUCUGUUCAUGACCCCACUUCAUCAAAUUAACCUUUGCCAUCCAUGCAUCACACAACUGGUUCCAGUGAUGUGUGCUGUCGCACUGUUUACCCUGAAAAUACUAUUAUCACCAGGUUUAAAUCCAACCACCAGCACUGUAGUAGUUCGAUAUAUAAAUCUGGCUGGUGAAGGUUUACAUUCAUUACACUAUCUUACAUUAAGUUCAACAAGUGAUUCUUUGAAGGGCACUUCUGUCAAAUAUAAAUAUUGUUUUUUUCUUAUUAUAAGCACAUUACAUAAAUACACGCUAUGUAGUUUAGCGUACUUUCAAUGUUACUGCAAUAUUAUUUUAUUUUUAAAUGACCCCAAAAUACUGGAUUCAGGAAGUUCAUUAUUAAAAAGUGCCCUUCAGGAACUCUUAACAUUGAGUCUACAAGAAAGUCUUCAGCUUAGUUCAUGUUUUUUUAGUAUUACAUGUUUUCCAGUAAUGCAACUACUGCUUAAAUCUGAGUAUACAUGCACAUUCUUUCAGCAGUUUAGUACAGAGUUAAUACAGUACUUGGAACUUGUACCAGAUAAGAAAUUUUCUAGCCAAAACAGAUCCCACUGCAGAAGCUGUCAUUGUGAUCUAAAGUAAACACACAUUAAUACCAGUAACAUAACCUGUGAUAUGACAUGGGCUACAAAAUUAAAACAUUUUUCGUUCAACAUAUGUAAAUUAGAAUGUAAUAUGCAGAGUAUAUGUGAAAUACUGGACAACUGCUCAAGUGGUUAGUCGCUGGCUUCCCACCACGGCGGCCCAGGUUCGAUCCCAGGUCUGGUCAAGUGGGAUUUGUG